AUGAUCAAGGGGUGCUUCUCAAUUGUGUUGUGUCUCCAAGUGGCCCUUGUGGCUACUCAGAUCUUUCGAUUACCUGAAAAAUCUUCUUGUGAAACACGGAAAAUUCAUUUUACGCGCCAAGGGAAGAACUACCACUUGUCUUGGCUCGAGGCUGGCAGGAAUAUCGAGUUCACAUGGGAGGGUGCCCGGAAUUACUGUCGCAAAUUCUGCAUGGAUUCCAUUACAAUCGACUCUGAGCAGGAGAAUCAAAUGGUGAAAACAAUUUUGAGACGCGAGUCCAUCCCCUAUAUUUGGACUGGUGGUCACAAAUGUAACUUUCGUGGUUGUGAGAGAGAGGAUCUUCAGCCAGCCAUCGAGAACGGAUGGUAUUGGGCACCCACUGGGAUUAGAAUCCGUCCACCUGGUCAAUGUCAAGAAUGCGAUUGGUCAAACACUGGAGGAUUGAGAGAGCCUCAACCAGACAAUCGAGAGUUUAGAUCCGCAACCGGAAGUCAAGAUGAGGCUUGCAUUGCCAUUCUCAACGAUUUCUACCAAGAUGGCAUCCGUUGGCACGAUGUUGGUUGCCGACAUACUAAGCCGGUGAUUUGCCAGGAUGUGGAAAUCCUCCUUAACUAUGUGAACGUUGAUUAG